GGUAGUCAUCAAGCUCAGCGCUCAAUCGAUCCGUCUGUGCUUUCUCAGGGAGCCAAAAUUUCCCUUGUGGCUUUUGAUUUAUCGAGUUUGAAGUUUGAAUUGAAGGACAAAGCUAUGGGAGAGAGCGACGACUGCUGCGCGACCCAGUUGAUCGACGGGAAUGGCGAGUUCAACGUGGAGGGCUUGGAGAACUUCACGAAGAAGACGAAGCUUUCUGAUUGUGGACUCUCGUAUGCCGUUGUCGCCAUCAUGGGUCCUCAGAGUAGCGGGAAAAGUACGCUGUUGAACCACCUUUUUCAUACCAGUUUCAGGGAGAUGGAUGCUUUUAGGGGAAGGAGUCAAACAACUAAGGGUAUCUGGAUGGCCAAAUGUGUUGGGAUCGAGCCUUUCACGGUUGCCAUGGACUUGGAGGGUACUGAUGGGAGAGAAAGAGGCGAGGAUGAUACCACAUUUGAGAAACAAAGUGCCCUGUUCGCCCUGGCUGUCGCAGAUAUCGUAUUGAUAAACAUGUGGUGUCAUGAUAUAGGACGAGAGCAGGCCGCGAACAAACCUUUACUGAAGACAGUUUUCCAGGUCAUGAUGCGGUUAUUUAGUCCGCGGAAAACAACUCUUCUUUUUGUCAUACGCGAUAGAACAAAGACUCCACUGGAACUGCUAGAGCCUGUUCUAAGAGAAGACAUUCAGAAAAUAUGGGAUUCAGUUCGUAAGCCUGAAGCACAUAAGAAUACUCCUUUAAGCGAAUUUUUCAAUGUGGAGGUUAUCGCUUUAUCCAGCUAUGAAGAAAAAGAGGAACAAUUCAAGCAAGAGGUUGCUCAACUGAGGCAGAAAUUUUUCCAUUCCAUUUCACCUGGGGGCCUUGCUGGUGAUAGACGUGGUGUAGUUCCUGCCUCAGGAUUUUCUUUCAGCUCCCAACAGAUAUGGAAAGUCAUAAAAGAGAAUAAGGACUUGGACCUUCCUGCUCACAAGGUAAUGGUCGCCACUGUUCGGUGUGAGGAGAUAGCCAAUGAGAAGCUACGCCACUUGGCCUCUGAUGAGCGUUGGUUGGCAUUGCAAGAAGCUGUCGAAAGUGGCCCGGUCUCUGGUUUUGGCAAAAAGCUGAGCUCUGUCCUUGACACCUACUUCUCAGAAUAUGAUGCAGAGGCUGUGUACUUCGACGAAGGAGUAAGAAAUGCAAAGCGACAACAUCUGGAAUCAAAAGCUUUGGAUUUUGUCUAUCCUGCCUAUGCAACCAUGUUGGGACAUCUGCGAUCCAAAGCACUUGAAGGCUUUAAGCAUAGAUUGGAAGAAUCUCUUUAUCACGGAGAGGGAUUUGCAAAUUCUGUUCGGAUAUGCUAUCAAUCUUGCCUGCUGGAGUUUGACAAGGGAUGUGAAGAUGUUGCCACUAAACAAGCGGAUUGGGAUGCUUCAAAAGUCAAAGAGAAACUUUGUCGGGACAUUGACUCUCACACAUCUUCUACUCGGAGUGCUAAGCUGGCAGAGCUGACCACGAACUGCGAGAAACGGCUUACGCUGGCACUAAAUGAACCUGUUGAAUCUUUGUUUGAAGCUGGUGGAAAGGAUACAUGGCCAUCUAUAAGGAAGCUUCUCAAACGCGAGACCGAGGCAGCUGUUUCUGAUUUUUUUACUGCUGUUGCUGGGUUUGAGUUAGAUCAGGCUGCAACUGAUACUAUGGUGCAAAAUCUAAGGGACUAUGCAAGGGGUUUGGUUGAGAAAAAGGCGAGAGAAGAAGCUGGUAAAGUUCUUAUCCGAAUGAAAGAUAGGUUCUCAACUGUCUUCAGUCAUGACAAUGACUCGAUUCCCCGGGUUUGGACUGGAAAAGAGGACAUCAAAUCAAUCACGAGAGAUGCUCGUGCUGAGGCUCUAAGUCUUCUAUCCGUCAUGGCUGCAGUACGUUUGGAUGAAAGACCAGACAAAAUCGGAAGUACACUUUUUACUUCUCUCAUGGAUGGAACUGUUUCUGUUGCAUCUUCCCGGGAUAGGAGCUUAGGAGCAUCUACUGCUGAUCCUCUUGCAUCUAGCACUUGGGAAGAGGUUCCUCCAAAAGAUAUGCUGCUGACACCUGUCCAAUGUAAAUCACUGUGGAGACAGUUCAAGACAGAAACUGAGUACACAGUUACGCAAGCUAUUUCAGCACAGGAGGCUCACAAACGGAAUAACAACUGGUUACCCCCAGCAUGGGCGGUUGUACUGAUGAUUGUCCUAGGUUUUAAUGAAUUUAUGAUGCUCUUGAGGAAUCCUCUGUACCUCUUGGGUCUGUUCGUGGCAUUUUUACUUUCCAAAGCCUUAUGGGUGCAACUGGACAUCCCUGGGGAAUUUCAACAUGGAGCACUUGCUGGACUGCUCUCCAUUUCAUCGAAGUUUCUUCCAACAGUUAUGAAUCUUCUAAGAAAACUCGCCGAAGAAGCACAAGGAGCUGCAACUCAAGGGGCACCAAAACCACCAGAGUACUUGGCGUCACAGAACUACAGUCAGCAAUCUCCAUCAAACCACAUUUCGAGAACAAUACCCGAAUCAUCCGUCUCUUCGAACAUCUCAGCAUCUGACGGUGAUGCUGAAUACACCAGCCCACCACUGGUACAGAGACGAAGCACCAAAGUCCAGGAAUCCGAGGUCUCUCAGCUAUAAAUUUCCUUGUGGUCAGAGAUUUAUAUACCAGCCUUGUCUUUCUUUCACACAAAUACAUGGGUAUCGUAUAGAAGAAUGUAUGUUACACUUCAUGUUCUGUUCAAAAGGGUCAUGCUUUGGCGUACCCUAGUCAGAGAGGGACUUGGUACGCCAAAGUGUCCGGCUGAGACUUGAGAGAUGAUGUUGAUGCUAAAUAAUGGGUUUUGGAGCACAUUUUUUUGAAGUAAAUGGUCUUUUUUUCAGUCC